GAUUUUCUGACAAGAGUAGUAGGGUGAAACUGAGAAAAAGAACCAACCAAGACCCAAGCACAAGGACAUCCCAUGAGCGCUGCAAGGACUUCUGCACCCGGCUUUGCCAGUUGGUCCUCAAUGGCAAGAAUCCCGGCUGCCACCACUCUAGCCAUUUUCUUGACUUUCCUCUUCCCCGGGGCACACAGCCAGACCCCAAGGGCUUCCCAGGAGAGCACCGUCCCCUUUGAGGUGCUUAGCCAGGAGCAGGCUUACAGCCUGGUCCAGGCAAGCCUGGUCCAGGCUGCCAAGUUGCCGAACCGCUCGGAGAGCCUCCCCAGGAGCACCAGCUCUGAGCCACCCCUGCUGCCCGUGUGCGUGAAGCCUGCGGAUAUCAGACACAUCUUCAAGUACAUCAACACCAUUGUGUCCUGCACCAUCUUCAUCGUAGGCAUCAUCGGGAACUCCACGCUCCUGAGGAUCAUUUACAAGAACAAGUGCAUGAGGAAUGGGCCAAAUGUCCUCAUUGCCAGCUUGGCACUCGGAGACCUUCUCUACAUCCUCAUUGCUCUGCCCAUCAACGUAUAUAAGCUUUUGGCAAAGGACUGGCCCUUUGGUGUGCAGGUAUGCAAGCUGGUCCCCUUCAUCCAGAAGGCUUCGGUGGGUAUCACGGUCCUCAGCCUUUGUGCUCUCAGCAUCGACAGGUACCGAGCAGUGGCGUCCUGGAGCCGGAUCCAGGGGAUAGGAAUCCCCAUGUGGAAGGCCGUGGAGGUGAUGCUGAUCUGGGUGGUGGCCAUCGUGCUUGCAGUCCCUGAAGCUAUAGCCUUCGACAUGGUGGAGCUCAGCUACUGGGAACGACACCUGUGGGUGUGCAUGCUUGCCUCCGAACAGAAAUCCAGCUUCAUGAUGUUCUACCGUGAUGUGAAGGACUGGUGGCUUUUUGGCUUCUAUUUCUGCCUCCCCUUGGUAUGCACUGGCAUCUUCUACACCCUCAUGUCGUGCGAGAUGCUGAGCAAGAGAAAUGGCAUGAGAAUUGCUCUGAACGACCACAUGAAACGGCGCCGGGAGGUGGCCAAGACUGUGUUCUGCUUGGUGGUGAUCUUUGCACUCUGCUGGCUGCCGCUCCACCUCAGCCGCAUCCUCAAAAAGACCAUCUAUGACCAGACAGACCCCAACAGAUGUGAACUACUCAGUUUCCUCCUAGUGAUGGAUUACUUCGGGAUCAACAUGGCUUCCCUCAACUCCUGCAUCAACCCUGUGGCUCUCUACUUUGUCAGCCGGAAAUUCAAGAACUGCUUCCAGUCCUGCCUGUGCUGCUGGUGCCAGAGACCGGCUCUGAGCAUCACGCCGACAGACGAGAAGGGCUCUGUUGGGAAGUGGAAAGCCAACGGGCAGGAGCUUGGGCUGGACCGGAGCAGCUCCCGCUUGAGUAACAAGUACAGCUCUUCCUAA